AUGGAUUCAGGCUCGGUGGGUGAGCACCGUCUCUCGGCGCUGUUCCGGCGGUGGGAUGUGAACCGCUCCGGUCAGAUAGAGAAGUGGGAGUUUGAUCGGAUGUGCUCGGAGCUGCGGGUUCAGUCUGCUGAUGCCGACGCUAUUUUCAGUGAGCUGGAUACAGAUAAGGACGGAGCUAUCAAUAUGGAGGAAUUUGUUUUCGGGUUUCAAACUGUAUCGAACCUCAGUGAUGCACCAGAGAUGAAGGAAGCUGAAAGUGUUUCUCAGGCCUGGGAGGAUUUUAACGCCAGACUCGGAGAGCAAAGCAAGUUCGUCCCGCGGAUUGACCAGGUGGCGACUCUGUACCUGAACAUUAGUUUAACUGAGACCAGGAUGAUUCCUCAGUAUGAAAGAGUUCUCCUCAACUUUAUUAAAGAGAUCAAGCUCCAGAGCAAAGAGAUGGAGCGACUGGCACUGGCUGUUAAAAGGGCUCAGGACCAGGCUGCCAUCCAGCUCGGUGAGAUGGAGGAGGAGAUGGACCAGCGCAUUCAUACAGCUGAGAGAAACACAAGAGCACAGGAGUGUAAAAAGGCAGAGGCAGUGCUGAGCAUUACAAAAGAGCAGUAUGAAGCUCAGCUGAGUGAGUUACAGCUGAAGAUACAAACCUUGCAAGUGUUUGAAGACCAAAACAAGAGCAGCAUUCUCAAAGAAGAGAUUGUAGCACUAAAGAGAAAGAAUAAUGAGCUGACUGUGCAAACCCAGAAGCUGAAGCAGGAGCUGCUGGAAUCCCACACCAAUAUAGCAUUUCUGCAGAGUGAACACGACUCUCUCAAGAGUGAUCUCACAGACCAGAGCAUCAAUCUCGAGCGAGAUGAAGCCCUAAUGAGAUGUUUUGCGGAGGAGCGGGACAAUUUGGAGAGACAGAUUGAGUUACUACAGUCAGCAAACAGGAAGCUUUAUGACAGUAACGAUGGUCUACGCAUGGCUCUGGAGAACAGCCAUACCAAAAACAAGAGUCUGAGGGGAAGUGGACUGUCUCCUGCAAGUACAAUUUCAAGUAGAAAGAGCCAGUGCUCUCCAUAUUUGGACAGGUACUUUAGAGGCUGUCUGGAUGAAAGUUACGAACAGCUAAGGACGCGUACGCAAAGCUGUGAGUCCCUGGCUUUAGCAUUGUGUGACCCUAUGUGCAGACGCAACAGCUGUGAGGUAGACAGUCUGGAUGAGAGCUGUGUGGACAGCGGAAUGUCCACCCUGCGCUCCAACACGGGCUAUGACUCGGAGCAUGAGAGCACAGACAAGAGCACCACUCGCACCGUUAACACAGCGAUGAACAAUUCUGGAGACAUUUCAGACACAGAGGAGCCAGAAGUGCAAGAUGAUAUGGUGUGUUUAUCAGACAAGAAUUCUGUAUUAAACGUUACUUCAUCAGAAAGACAAGAUUCAGACAGGACGCUUUAUCAAGAAACACAAGAAGUGCUAGCUCCAAGGAAGAAAAGCCUUUCAGCCAUCUUCAGUGAGAAACAGAUCGACGAGUCAAAUGUGACAGCUCAGACGUCUGAAAAGACGUACAAUAUAGUGUUAGCUGGCGAUGCUGCGGUGGGCAAGUCUAGCUUCCUCCUUCGAAUCUGCAAAAAUGAGUUUAAAGUCACCACCAGCACUACUCUCGGGGUUGAUUUCCAAAUGAAGACUCUUGUGGUGGAUGGAGUGCCAACAGUGCUGCAGCUUUGGGACACAGCAGGUCAGGAAAGGUUCAGAAGUAUUGCAAAGUCUUAUUUCAGAAGAGCUGAUGGUGUUCUCCUGCUAUAUGAUGUCACCUGUGAGAAGAGCUUCCUGAAUGUGCGUGAAUGGAUCGACACCAUUGAGGAUGUUUCUCAAGAUAAAAUCCCAAUUAUGCUGGUAGGAAAUAAAACGGAUCUGCGGCAGCAGGCGCUUCAGGAUGGCAUCACAUGCAUUUCAACCAGCCAUGGAGAGAGGCUAGCCAUGCUAACGUCUAGUUCACUCUUCUGUGAGACAAGUGCAAAAGAUGGUUCAAACAUCAUCGAGGCGGUUCUUCAUUUAGCACGAGAGGUUAUUAAACGUUCACAUGAACACAAGGAAACGGCAUCUGUGACCAAACUCUCCGCAAAUCACAACAAAAAGAUCAACAGCUCAAAGUGCUGCAUGACAUAACAUUUUCUCAUCCUAAAGAAGACAGAUUCUUUGUAGGCUUAGAAACUAAUAAUUUUCUCUUUAAACAAAGGGGA